GAGUAUUCAUGGGAAAAAGUCGAAACCACUUUGGAUGGUACAAAGUGAAAUGAUCGAGAAAAGAAAAGCCGAAAAAAUGUUGCGAUCCAAGAAGAAAUCAUCAAACGAAAAUGAAGUAAACCGUGAAAGUGACGCGACGUUGUCGAGUGAUGAAGAGAUGUCAUCAUCAACUGCAGAGACAUCGAGCUUAAUGAAGAGCAACACCGCUAAAAGCGAUUACUUGUUACUGAACAAGAAAUCUGAAGACGCAAAACGGCAUUCGGAGGACCAUCGAAUGCAGCAGUCAGAUAGUGACGGAGUGAUGAGUUUGGCUGAUGAUCAUUUGGGUGGUGAGGAUGCCGGAAGGAGAGAUGAACCAUCGAAUGUGCAAGAGGUUGACGAGUAUCAGUGUGUUUGCGAGAGUCGAUUAUCGCUUUGGCGUCGAUUCAGUGAGGUUGAACCACUUCUUGAAAUGCCGAAUAAACCGUUGAAUGUGGCUGAUGUGCCUUCAUCGUCACUCACAUCUCAUCCGGAAAUGGACAAAUCUAAUCACGAACAAACGCCACCGAUAGCAUCUUCGUCAGUUCUUGAACAAGAUCUGUUCCUGUCACCAUCGAAAGCAACGCUUGACGACAGUUUGGGUUUAUCACUUUCGCCUAGUGUCAGUGUGGACAGUUUGUUGAGCCCGGACAAUACGCUUAAUUGUGUGCAGGAUCGAAUUCUUUCUGAGAGUCUCUUAGUGGAUGAGAUGCCUAGCUCGCGACGUGAUGUUGUGGCCUCGUCAAGUGACGAAUUGCGUUCGCAUCGGCGGCGAACACAAUCAUCGUGCGGGCAACAGCGAGAGGAGUGCAGUGAUGACCAGAUUAAGCUAAGAAGUCGAUCCAUCUCGAUUGCUGUGGUUUCGGGUCGGGACUACAAACGAACCGCAUCAUGGGAGAUUCCAGAAGGAAGUCAUUCACCGUCUUUAACCUCCUAUCAGAAGUCAACACUCAGCAGAUCAGCUGAGAGAAAUGAAAAACUGAAACGAGAAGAGAAAUCGGUUUUAACUCGAAGUUUACUCUUCAAAAAGCACCAACGGUUGUUGUCGUACAGUGGCACGAGAAGUCAAGAAAUGAUUCGAACAGAACAUUCCCAUCUUCAACGACGAACAAUGUCGUGUUCGAUAGAGGACGAAAGUCCAAUGAAAGUGCCUGUUUCACCUGCUAAGAAAUCACGAACUCGUCGGUAUUCGUUGAGGAGUGUACAUGAAUAUCGAUCUGAAUCAACGAUAACUUCAUUGCAACCGUCAUCACCCAUCAAGGCAUUACCAUCAAAUAUAUCGGCGUUAUCGCCGAGUAGUAUGAAGAAAGUGGUAACUGAUGAAGAAAAUAAUGAAAGAAUGUCAUCAGCUGAAAGUAAAAACGACAAACAAGAGCUGUGUGAAGAUGUGACAAGGACCUUGAAUGGAUCGGAUGAUGACGACGUUACAACUCUGUCGACAUUAUCACCGAGUACGAACGAAGUAAUGAAUGAUGAGCAUAACAAUGAAAAAAUGUCAACAACUAAAAGUAAAAGCGAAAAACAAGGGCUAUGUGAUGAGGUGGCGCAUUUAUCGCCUUCUGUUGAAUCGCCGAAGACGUUGAAUGGACCGGAUGAUGAUGGCGUUAGAAAUGUAUCGAUAUUGUCGUCGAAAUGUAUCGAUAUUACG